AUGUCUUACGGUGGCGCCGGUGAUGGCGGUAGCAACAACGGAAACUACCCAAACGAUAACGGUGGAGGAAGCUGGACCGGCGUGGUUCUCACACUAAUCCUCUCUUUACUUAUUGCAAUCACAUUAGUGGUUCUAUUAUACCUCGCUGCAUGGUGUCUUCUUAAGCGCAGCACUGCAAGGCGUCGUUCACGAAUCAAUCAGUUAAUCAACGAGGCUACAAUCAAUCGAACACACCCACAAGAACCACCCAAUUCUGGUCUCAAUCAAUUGGCAAUUGAUUCCUUACCGGUUUUCGCCUACAAACAGCUAAUCUUAUUAUUAAACAACCAACAUGAAGACUACAAGAAUGGAGGUUCAAGAGAGUGUGCAGUUUGCUUAAGUCUAUUUCAAGAUGAAGAGAUGAUUAAGCUUCUACAAAAUUGUAAGCAUUUCUUUCAUGUAGACUGUAUCAAUGUAUGGUUGAGAUCAAACACGACAUGCCCAAUUUGUCGGUGUAACACCACCACCCAACCUCCAGCGCUGCUGCCGGAGCCGCCGGAGCUGCCGUCGCAUCAUCAUGACAUGGAUUCUGUGGUGGUUGUACCUCCUCUUUUAUUGGCUCAUCCGGUGGUAAUACUAUCAGAAUCAUCAUAG